CAGGUAACCGGAGUUGCUAACCCUGGGCAAGCUUGCUCCAUUUUACUCCGUGGUUCUAACAAACUUGUCUUGGAAGAAGCCGAACGUUCCUUGCAUGAUGCGCUGUGUGUAAUUCGAUGCCUUGUCAAAAGAAAGGCGCUUCUUCCUGGUGGAGGAGCACCUGAAAUGGAGGUUGCGGUGCAGUUACGUCAGCUUGCACAGAAGCAAAUUGGUGCCAAACAGUACUGCUUCCGUGCGUUCGCUGAUGCUCUUGAAUUGGUCCCUUACACUCUUGCCGAAAAUGCUGGGCUUUCACCGAUCCAUACUGUGACUGAACUGCGUGCUCAACAUGCUAAUGGUAACACUGAUUAUGGAGUCAAUGUUAGAAAGGGGUACGUUACUGAUAUCCGUGAAGAGAAUGUAGUCCAGCCUUUGUUGGUCACCCUGUCUGCCAUCAAACAAGCUUCAGAGUGUGUCAGAUCCAUUCUGAAGAUCGACGAUAUCGUGAGUUUUUCAUCUUCAUUUUUUCUAUAUAGUCCUGUUUUCAAAUGUGUAUAA